AUGUUUGGGAAGAAAAAGAAAAAGAUUGAAAUAUCUGGCCCAUCCAACUUUGAACACAGGGUUCAUACUGGGUUUGAUCCUCAGGAGCAGAAAUUUACUGGCCUGCCCCAGCAGUGGCACAGCCUGCUGGCAGAUACGGCCAACAGACCGAAGCCCAUGGUCGACCCUUCGUGCAUCACUCCCAUUCAGCUGGCUCCCAUGAAGACAAUCGUUAGAGGAAACAAACCCUGCAAGGAAACCUCCAUCAACGGCCUGCUGGAGGAUUUCGACAACAUUUCAGUGACUCGCUCCAACUCCUUAAGAAAAGAAAGCCCACCCACCCCAGAUCAGGGAGCCUCCAGCCAUGGUCAAGGCCAUUCAGAAGAAAAUGGCUUCAUCACCUUCUCACAGUAUUCCAGUGAAUCUGAUACUACUGCUGACUACACGACUGAAAAGUACAGAGAAAAGAGUCUCUAUGGAGACGAUUUGGAUCCAUACUAUAAAGGCAGCCAUGCAGCCAAGCAAAAUGGGCAUGUAGUGAAAACGAAACAUGGGGAUGCCUACUCUUCCGAGGUGAAGCCUUUCAAAUCCGAUAUUGCCAGGUUUCCUGUCGAUUAUCAUGCACACUUAGACUCACUGAGCAAACCCAGUGAAUACAGUGACCUCAGGUGGGAGUAUCAGAGAGCCUCCAGUAGCUCCCCUCUAGACUACCCAUUCCAGCUCACACCUUCUAGAACUGCAGGGACCAGCAGGUGCUCCAAGGAGAGCCUGGUGUAUAGCGACAGCGACUGGGGACCCAGCCUGGAGGACUAUGACAGGAGGCCAAAAUCGUCCUACCUGAAUCAGACGAGCCCUCAGCCAGCCAUGAGGCAGAGGUCCAGGUCAGGUUCGGGGCUCCAGGAACCCAUGAUGCCAUUUGGAGCAAGUGCAUUUAAAACCCAUCCCCAAGGACACUCGUACAACUCCUACACCUACCCUCGCUUGUCCGAGCCCACAAUGUGCAUUCCAAAGGUGGAUUACGAUCGAGCACAGAUGGUCCUCAGCCCUCCACUGUCAGGGUCCGAUACCUAUCCCAGGGGCCCCGCCAAACUACCUCAAAGUCAAAGCAAAGCGGGCUAUUCCUCAAGCAGCCACCAGUACCCAUCUGGGUACCACAAAGCCACCCUGUACCACCACCCCUCCCUGCAGACCAGUUCACCGUACAUCUCAACAGCUUCUUACCUGAGCUCUCUCAGCAUCUCAUCCAGCAGCUACCCCCCACCCAGCUGGGGAUCCUCUUCAGACCAGCAGCCCUCCAGAGUGUCCCACGAACAGUUUCGGGCUGCUCUGCAGCUGGUGGUCAGCCCAGGAGACCCCAGGGAAUACUUGGACAACUUUAUGAAAAUUGGGGAAGGGUCAACCGGCAUCGUGUGCAUUGCAACUGAGAAACACACAGGGAAACAAGUUGCAGUGAAGAAAAUGGACCUCCGAAAGCAACAACGACGAGAACUACUGUUUAAUGAGGUUGUGAUAAUGCGGGAUUACCACCAUGACAAUGUGGUUGACAUGUACAACAGCUACCUUGUCGGUGACGAGCUCUGGGUGGUCAUGGAGUUUCUAGAAGGUGGUGCCUUGACAGACAUUGUUACUCAUACUAGAAUGAAUGAAGAACAGAUAGCUACUGUCUGUCUGUCGGUUCUGAGAGCUCUCUCCUACCUUCACAACCAAGGAGUGAUUCACAGGGACAUAAAGAGUGACUCCAUCCUCCUGACGAGCGAUGGCCGGAUAAAGUUAUCUGACUUUGGUUUCUGUGCUCAAGUUUCCAAAGAGGUGCCGAAGAGGAAAUCACUGGUUGGCACUCCCUACUGGAUGGCACCUGAGGUGAUUUCUAGGUUACCUUAUGGGACAGAGGUGGACAUCUGGUCCCUGGGGAUCAUGGUGAUAGAAAUGAUUGAUGGUGAACCCCCCUACUUCAAUGAGCCUCCCCUCCAGGCAAUGAGGAGGAUCCGGGACAGUUUACCUCCAAGAGUGAAGGACCUACACAAGGUUUCUUCAGUGCUCCGGGGAUUCCUAGACCUGAUGUUGGUGAGGGAGCCCUCCCAAAGAGCCACAGCCCAGGAACUCCUUGGACAUCCAUUCUUAAAGCUGGCAGGCCCACCAUCUUGCAUCGUUCCGCUCAUGAGACAAUACAGGCAUCACUGA